UCCAACUAUUCUAUCUGAUCAUGACCUCUGAAUUCAUCCUCCUCGGCAUUGAGAACCCUUUGCUUGAUAUCUCUGCGGUUGUCAAGCCUGAGCUGCUGAAAAAGUACAAUUUGAAGCCUAAUGAUGCCAUCCUUGCUGCUGAUGAGCACAAACCGCUAUACGCCGAGAUGAUCAAAGAUUACCCUGUGCAAUAUAUUGCUGGAGGUGCUGCUCAAAACACUCUCCGUGGUGCUCAAUGGCUACUGCCUGAGAAAUCUACCGUCUACUUUGGCUCCGUUGGAAAAGACCACGAAGCCGAAGUGCUUGCCAAGAUGGCUGCCAAGGACGGUCUACGCACAGAAUACCAUAUAUCUGACCUUCCCACUGGAAAAUGCGCUGUCCUGAUCACUGGCAUUCAACGCACUCUGGUCACUGAUCUUCUUGCUGCCAAUGACUACAAGAUCGCCCAUCUUGAGAAGCCAGAGGCCUGGUCACUGGUUGAGGCUGCCAAAUUUUUCUACAUUGGUGGUUACUUCCUCACCGUAUCUCCUCCCGCUGCGAUGAAGAUUGCUAAUCAUGCUAUUGCUACCAACAAGGUGCUAGCUCUUAACUUGUCUGCUCCAUUUAUUCCUCAGUUUUUCACUCAGCCCCUUGAUGAUUUGAUCAAGUGCGCUGAUGUUGUUUUUGGUAACGAGGCUGAAGCAGAGGCUCUUUCUACUGCCUACAAUUUUGGUACCACCGAUCUGGCUGAAAUCGCACUCAAAGUCGCAGCCCUUCCCAAGACAAAUACUUCACGUCCUCGUCUUGUAGUAUUUACUCAUGGUGCCAAACCCACCGUUUCCGCCCACAACGGUGCUAUCAAGACCUACCCCAUCAUUCCUAUUGAUGUCAAGGAUAUCGUCGACACCAACGGUGCCGGAGAUGCUUUCUGCGGUGGAUUCCUUUCCCAGUUUGUUCAAGGACGUUCUGUUGAUGAAGCUGUUGCCGCUGGUCACUAUGUUGCUAAUGUGGUUAUCCAGCGUUCCGGCCCAACUUACCCAUCCCAUGCCCAUACUUUUAAAUUUUCUGCUUAAUUAUUCAACUCACGUUUUAGCGAAUUGGUUUGCAUGCACUCUUCAAGGAUCCGAGUUUUUUGAAAGGAAUCCAUGUCGAGAGCAAGAUCUGGCUGCUUACCUAUUCAGUACAAAUAAAUGAUGUAUACGCAAUUC